AUGGGAGGCCCCGUCACCCCCAAUCCUGCCACCGUAGCUAAACCCGCCGGUACCACCCAGACCCCUGCCCGCGCGCGCGACGCCACCGACCGUGCAUUCACGCUUCAGCCUCAACCAGAGGCCAAAGUCGACUAUAAAAACCACGCGAGUGAUCUCAGUGGACUCAUGCGGGGCCCUAUUCCUGUCGAAGAGUUCUUCACUGAAUUUGUACCUUUGCAUGGAGAAGACUGGGACAAGAACGUGAAGUUUGGGAUUUUGGACUCCGGGUCCGCGAUUGAGUUUUCUGAGGGCAGCAUCAGAUCUCGCGCUCUGAAGCUCGGGUUAUGCAAUGGACAGGUCUUUUUCGCCGAUACCCACAACAUCCCCUGCUUGGCUUACCAGGACGGUACGGAGCGUGUACUCCGUCGACCCGAUAUGCUCGGUCUCAGUGAGAACCUCUUCGACGGUACGGUCUCUCUGGCCGACCGUUUGCGGGAUAUGGCCGCUCUCACUGAGUGGUACAUCGACCUCAAGAAUGUUUAUGAGGACCCGUUCGGGUACUACGCGCGGGAGAAGCGCUGGCUUUGGGACUCAAAGAUGAGCAUCCAGGCUCGUGGGCAGUUCGCCAUGUAUAGCCACAUGCUCUUCGAAGCCGGACACAGAGUCUUCGGCUUCGGCCUAGUUAUCAUGCCUCUUGUCGCACGUCUGCUCCGCUUUGAUCGCAGUGGCGUUGUAUUCUCCGAGCGCUUCGACUGGCGCGGGCACUGGGCGUUGCCCACCUUCUUCCACCGCUACGAGCGUAUGACUCGUGCCGAGCGCGGAUGGGACACGUCUGUCUCGCGCCUCUCUCCUACGGCGACCGAGACGUUAUUGGCCGACGGCACCAUCCGCGCGAUGAUCCAGGCGCUGCCGAAGCAGACAAUCCAGCCCCUCACCCUCGUCAAUGGCGGCCUGUUCAAGUUCGAGGUCUGGGACGAAGAGACGCGCUCGUUGCAUUCGUUGAUCGCGGGACUACCGCAGACGCGCACGCAGACCUUGACGGGUCGCUCUACCCGCUGCUACAUCGCAUAUGACGAGGAGGAGAUGUCCUUGGUCUACUUGAAGGACACGUUCCGCGUCGCUUUGGAGACGCUGAAGAAGGAGUCGGAGGUAUAUCGCGUCUUGGAAAAGGCUGGAGUCCCUCGGCUUCCCGGCUUCCUCUACGGCGGCGACGUGCCAGCCGUCCACCCCGACGACCUGCGUCGCCCUGCGCCCCCUUCCUACGGAGAUGAUGACACGUCUACGCCCGCGCGAGAUCCGCCAGCACCCGUCGAGUCUAUCAAUGCUGUUCAUCCGUCGUGGAAGACGCGCCCCAUCCCGGUGCAAGCAACACGUACCGCCGACUUCAACGCCGCGUCAUGGUUCAAGAAGCAGGAGAACAUGACGAGAGACCCGGAGAGGCUCAUACAUCAUCGGAUCGUCCUGAAGAAGAUAGGACGGCCUUUGCGGGACUUCGAGUCCACACAGCAGCUUGCUAGGGCGAUAUGUGAUGCCGUUCAGGCGCACGCUGCGGCGUAUGUGGCAGGAGUUCUUCAUCGAGACAUAUCUGGCGGCAACAUCCUCAUAGAUGAGGAGGGUCGUGGCAUGCUCAUUGAUUGGGAGCUUUCGCGCUUUACCGACGACACCUCUCCCGCCCAUAGGGAGUACCGCACGGGAACGUGGGCUUUCAUGGCCGCCGAGCUGUGUCAGGACCAGCGUGCCGCAGACCACCUUUUGCGUCAUGACUUCGAGUCGUUCGUGCACGUGUUAUUUUACCACGUAUUCCGUUACUGCAAGAUGGAAGGCGCAUUACCGGAGGAUAUACACACGGCUAUGGUGGACGUCUUUGAGGACAAGCAGAUCCUCGGCGACAGGCAACGCGGCGGCCAGGGCAAGAUCUCCUACUGUGUCGACGUUUUGGCGGAGUUCCGACAGGCGAUGGUCGUGGACGUUAGCCACAUUCCUCAGGGUCUUCAGAACCUCCUCUUCGAGGCCCGAGCACCGUUCAAGGUACUCUACGGGGUCGAUGCCGACAGUGGGACCGGCCGAGCAACGCGGUUGUCACCUCUGGAGCGCCAGAUGAGGACCCUCGCCAUGGCCAACUUGGAACGACCACAUUUCUUCUUCGAGGAUGUGUGGAAGCCCAUUAUCGAGGACGCCGAACUCUGGAGCGCUGCUGACGAUCAUGCUGCGGAAGACCAGUUUCCUCCUGCGCGAGUCAAGCAAUGGGAGGCGGCACGUCGUGGCAGGGCCGAGUCAAAGUCCUCUCAAUCGAAGCGCAGGAAGCUGAAUGACACGCACUCGGCGCCUGUGCUCAACCAACGUGUAACGAGGAGCGGAGCGAAGAAGGUCCCUGGGAUUGAUAGCGUGUCCGCGAUGACCAAGUGCAAGCCCGGCGACACGUCGAAGCUUGGAAGCAAGCGCAAGUUCGAUGACACCGCUAUCGCCGAGGAGGAAGACGAUGAAGAUGAGGAUGAGGAUGACGGCGGUAAGGCUUUCGAGCCCGAGGAUGACAGUGGUGACUACGUGCCCGGAUGA